AUGCCAUCGAAACAACGAAUAGAGGCUUCCACUACAGUCAUUUCUAAUGAGUGCAUUUAUACAUGGACGAUCAAGAAUUAUCGCUUAAUAAAAUCAAAAGUUGGGGAACCAAUAGCAUCCCCGAAAUUUGGCGUUGGAAGUGACAAUAAACAAUACUUCACUUUGCAAUUAUACCCUGCAGGCAGCAGUGAGAAAUAUACAGACAUUUCGUUAUUUCUUAAACCUAUAACUGAUUCAACGAAGAAACCGAAUAAGCUCGUAUGUAGAUGGACAUUAUCAGCUAUUAAUAACAAAAAAGUUGUUCGAAAAUCUACACUACAUCACGAUUUUGCAACCACAGAGUUCCACGGCCGUGGUUUGAGCUUUUACGAACUGAAAAAUAUUGAAGAAUUAAUUUCUUCCGAGAAUACUGUAACUAUUCAAUGUGAAUUAGAAGUUUUCAAGAAAUAUGAAUCUUCAUUGGAUGUAGAUAUCAUCAACAACAAAGAUCAGAUGAAUAAUAAAGUGAACUUGGACUCAUUGUUACUCAGUGAAGAAUUUAGUGAUGUUAAAUUAAUAACUUCUGAUGAUAAUGACAUCCCAGCCCAUAAAAACAUCCUUGCUGUAGCCAGUCCAGUAUUUAGAGCCAUGUUUACUCAUGAUAUGUUGGAAAACAAAGGCAAUUCUGUUGAGAUCACUGAUACUCCUUAUAAUAUUCUGGUUGAAAUGUUGCGAUUCAUUUACACAGGUGAUAUUGUGAGUACCAAGACAGAUAUAGUUCUAGAAAUUUUAGCAGUAGCAGACAAAUAUCAAGUUGAUAAUUUGAAAAUUAUGUGUGAAAAAAUCCUAUCCGCCAAUUUGUCUACGAAAAAUGCUAUUGAGAUUUUAUCAGCUGCUCAGAAAUACAAUGCAAUGGAUUUGGAAAGUAAUGUACAUAAUUUCCUUAAAUUAAACUCUAAAUCAAUUAUCGAUCCAGAAAAAAUAAAGAAGAUGAAAAAACCUGUAUUGAUCAAGCUUUUACAAUCUUUUUCAAAAGAAUAG